AUGGCGACUGGGACUGUGACGAGGAACCCCGAGAGCGCUGGUGCCUACAGCUAUUCCUCUCAACCCCGUACUGUCCACCAGCAACAGAAAUACAGAGAAGUAGAUACCGUGAGACCUUGUAACAUAAUGUAUGAUAAACGUGUAGUACGUGGAAAUACAUAUGCACUCCAUACACUCCCAGCAUCAUCUCAACCCAAUCCUCUAGAGCUCCAAAAACAACAAGAGACACGAAGACGAGUCCUUGCUCACAAGCGUGCCAGAGAACAGAUGAGGAUCCACUCACCUCCUCCAGUUGAGGGACGGAAACACAUUGAUGUACAGACCGAGCUCUACCUUGAAGAGAUCACUGAUAGGGUGGAGGAGGUUGAUGUCCACACACAGACUGAUGCUUUCCUGGAUAGGCCACCUACACCGCUCUUUAUACCAGCUAAAACCGGAAUGGACGUUGCCACUCAAAUAGAAGAGGGGGAUCUUUUUAACUUUGAUCUUGAGGUCCAGCCAAUUCUUGAAGUGUUGGUUGGGAAGACUGUAGAGCAAGCUCUUUUGGAGGUGAUGGAGGAAGAGGAACUGGCUGCGCUCAGGGAACAGCAAAGGAUAUUUGAAGGGAACAGGAAUGCUGAACUCAUUGAGACACAGAGACUUGAGGAGCAAGAGAGACGCCGACGAGAAGAAAAGGAGAGACGAAUGCAGCAACAAAGAGAAGCUCUGAUGAAAGAGAAAGAGACAGCAGAGAAAGUUGCUGCCAGAGCAUUUGCACACAGUUACUUGUCAGACCUUGUGCCAGCAGUAUUCACUAACCUCAGCAACAAAGGAUUCUUUUAUGAUCCUAUACAGAGAAACAUUGAGACAACAUUGAUGCCAUGGCUAACAUCAGAAGCACAGAAAAUACUUGAUAAGAAACUAACUGCCAGAUAUCUGCUUGAUACUAUUAUACGAAGAGCUGUUAAAAGGAAUUUAGGUAUCAUCACUCCUGUUCCUACCCCUAAGGAUGAAGAAGAACCACCAGCCACUGAAGAAGAACCACCCUCAACAGUAGAAGGAGAACAACCUCCUUCAACAGGUGAAGGGGAGCAACCUCCUCCUCCAACAGGUGAAGGAGCUGAGGAUAAGCCUUCUGGAGAAGAAGACAAACCAUCUGCAGAUAAAGAUAAACCAACUGAAGUUGAAACGCCUGCAGGUGAGGGAGAGAAGCCUGCAGAAGAGGGAGGAGAUAAACCUGUUAGCACUGAAGAGGGAGGAGAGGGAGAUAAGCCUGCAGAAGAAGGAGAUAAGCCUGCAGAAGAAGGAGAUAAGCCUACAGAAGAAGGGGAUAAGCCUACAGAAGAAGGGGAUAAGCCCGCUGCAGAAGACAAGCCUGCAGAAGGAGAGAAGCCUGCAGAAGACAAGCCUGCAGAAGAAGGAGAGAAGCCUAUAGAAGAGGGAGACAAGCCAGCAGAUGUUCCUGCAGAACUAGAUGGUGAAAAGUCUACGAAUUUAGAAGGUGAAGGUGAAGGAGCACCUGUUGAAGGUAAAGUAAAAGCCACGCCUUGA